UACCAUACGCUUCGCUGGUAAAGAAAACAGACGCAGAAAAUUACACUAAUAUCUGUAUAAUCAAUAAUUUCACGGCUAACCGUUACAGCGCUCUCAAGUACCACUUACCUGUCACAGAGAAGCCUCGAUAGGAUCCCUGCAGUUCAUACAAUUUUCGCCAGGAGAAGACGCCAUGUUGCCAUUGGCAACGGGAUAGUUUACGGUCGCGUUGUAGAAACUCUCCCAGUACAUAUCACUCCGCACGACACUUAGCAAAACAGUUUACAGGGGGGAGAUCAGUAUCCCUGCAAUUAUGUAAUGCACAAAAUACUGAAUACAUCUUUGUUCAUGGUACGUAAAUUCCAUUUCCACCAUUUGUGGAUAAUAGAGUAAAGUUGUGCUGAUUAUUUUGUAAAGCGGAUGAAUACUCAAGUCGGUUGACGUGUGAUGUGCCCUACUUCCGUAUUGUAACCCAAACACACCACAACACACGCCAUACCUACCUGUUGCACGGAAGUUCAGACGUACUUUUCGCUGCUCACCGUCAGAACGAAACAUGGAGACUUACGACUACGGGAUGUUGCCGGAAUUUGUGGAGAGGAAGGGUUCCCUCUAUCUUCGUUCAGAUCACAUGGACUACAGUCCGGUAACGCUGAACUCCAACUGGCACCAGGCACGAGAAGCCCACCCCAAGGACUAUGACGUAGUAAACAAACCUCCCAUGAAGAACAAAAUGCACCACUCCACCUACCGGAGGAUACUGGACGUUACAGAUGGGUCCUUCCCCCUGACCACCACCCAGUUCCAGAUGGGACAGGUGAAACUGAAGAAGGAUUUUGAGGAGAAGGUGACCAGUAAGCCCAUGGGUGACCUGGCCACUAUCAACCACCUCAACCUCGAGAGGGACACCGGUGCCCCCACCACUGGGUUUGGUGCUGUUCUACCCAGACAUCAUUCAGACUAUGGCAAAAGGCACUUGGAGACCACACACCGGGCAGACUACAAGGCCCCCUACCCUUACACACCUGCACCUGAGCAGCCUCCAGAUUUUGCUGACAACUCCAUAGCGUACAAGAAGUGCCACUCCCAGUUCACGGACACAGCCGACUACCGGCGCUGGGGUAUCAACACCUGGCAGGACGAGAGCGGAAUGUACGCCAACUCCGGCGUCAAGCAGGAGGUCUUCAAACCAACCAAUACCAUCCCUUCUCGACUAACGUGACCUAUAUGAUCGAUAAUCACCUCAGUAAAUUUGUCUACUUUUGCAUUGAUUUUAUUUUGUACUAGAAGGGCAUAGUAGGUCUCCAGGAGUUUUGAAUUUACAAUUGAAACGAUUACAAGGGAGACUUUUUCACAGUCACUGCCAAUACAAUGCAAAUAAAACCAAUGCAAAAGUUUCGAGAUGAACAGUAGUUUUGUGGACCUAUAUGUCUGUAUAUAUGCAUUUCCAACAUUUUACUAUUUACAGUACAUGGUAAACAGAGCAAGUUUUAAACUUUUAAGAAGUGUACGCACAUUAACCCUGAUGCUGCUAACAGUUUUAAAAGCUCUAUAUGUAACAUAAGUGUAUACAUAGUGUUGAAAUAAGUGUACAGUCUUAUAGCAUUGACAACACAGUACAAACUGCAUGUCGGCACUGUCAAUACUUAAUCAUGAAAUUGCUGCUUUUAUGUGUUGUCUAUCAGGAAGCAAAUGUUAGGAAAUUCAGUAUUAUAACAAGAAGUGUUCUAUUCAAGAGCAAGAUUGCUUUUUGAAAUACACGAAUCUAAGAGUUUUUCUUCACAUUAUAUUUUACAACUUGUGUCAAAAAGAUGCAGAUAUUGGAAAAAUGCAAAAUGAAUGUAUACAUCUCAGUGCCUUUAAUAAAAUUACAUUGUAACUUACAACAAUUUUAUCAAAUGAAAGGAUACUAAAGAUGGAAAAUACA